AGAACGGACGUCCCAGCCACUCAGCGGCGGCGGUGGCGCCAAGAAGGUAUUGAUACCGGCCAUACCGUUCUUUACGGCUGUACCAGCGUCCGUUUUUGGGAAGACCAGAGGCCUCAGGCUUGCCGCGAAGGGAAACAUGGUCCUUCCCCCAGAACGCCGCCUCCAGCUGGAGCCAGCCUGCCAGCCAUGCGCAUGUGGCACGGGCGGGGACGCUCUCGGACAGCAAGCUCCUUCCUGGGGACGGCGCGGGGACCUGGCGUCUUUUUUUUUUCCCUCCCCCUCUGUUCCCUGGGCUGCUCCUGCCGUCUUGUUUCGGCCUUCCCCCAGCCCGCUCGUGCAACCUCCUGCCCGCGACUAUAUUUACUGCCCUGUCGCCCGCCCCCAGACACGCUCUUUUCUUUUCUUCCCCUCUGUCUUGUUUAUCCUCAUUCCUCUUCCCUCUCUGCCUGCCAUUAUCAAGGCUUCGUUCUUGUCAGUUGCCCAUCAUGACUCUGCACGCAACUGCCGAUGUCAACCGCAUCGAGGCCCCAGUCACCUGGCGCGCCUACCUGCUCUGCGCCUUCGCCUCCUUUGGUGGUAUCUACUUCGGUUACGACUCUGGAUACAUCAACGGUGUCAAUGGCUCCAAGGUCUUCAUCAACAUGAUUGACCCCGACAACAACCCCGCCAAGCCUGCUCUGACCGACGCCCACUCGUCUCUCAUCGUCUCUAUUCUGUCUGCUGGUACUUUCUUCGGUGCUUUGAUUGCCGGCGAUGUCGCCGAGACCAUUGGCCGUAAAUGGACCGUCAUCGUUGGUUGCUGUGUCUACGGUUUUGGUGUCAUCAUCCAAAUGCUCACUGGUGUGGGCGGUAGCGCCUUGGGUUUUAUUGUCGCUGGCCGUCUCAUUGCUGGAAUCGGCGUCGGUUUCGAGUCCGCAAUUGUCAUUCUGUACAUGAGUGAAAUUUGCCCCAAGUCAGUGCGUGGCGCCCUCGUCGCCUGCUAUCAGUUCUGCGUCACCAUUGGUCUGUUGCUGGCUUCCUGUGUCGUUUACGCCACCGAGAACCGCCCAGACACUGGUUCGUACCGCAUUCCCAUUGCCAUCCAGUUCAUCUGGGCCCUGAUCUUGGGUAUUGGUCUGAUCUUCCUUCCCGACUCGCCUCGUUACUAUGUCAAGAAGGGCCGCAUCGAUGAUGCCAUUGCUGCCUUGUGCCGCGUCCGUAACCAACCCCGUGACUCCGAGUACAUCGAGGCCGAGCUGGCUGAGAUCAUUGCCAACGAGGAGUAUGAGCGUCACAUUAUCCCUGAUGCUGGCUGGCUCGGAAGCUGGAUGAACUGCUUCACUGGUGGUCUCUGGGUUCAGAAGUCCAACCUUCGUCGUACUAUCCUUGGUACCUCCCUGCAGAUGAUGCAACAGUGGACUGGUGUGAACUUCAUCUUCUACUUUUCCACCACCUUCUUGCAGUCCACCGGUGCCAUCAGCAACACCUUUUUGAUUUCCCUGAUCUUCACCCUCGUCAAUGUUUGCUCCACUCCGAUCUCCUUCUAUACCGUGGAGAAGUUCGGUCGCCGUCCUCUGUUGAUCUAUGGCGCUUUUGGCAUGUUGAUCUGCCAGUUCAUCGUCGCCAUUAUCGGUGUUACUGUUGGCUUUAACAAGACCCACACUGAUGCAGCUGGAAACACCAUUGCCAACAGCAUUCCCGCCGUCAAUGCCCAGGUCGCCUUCAUUGCCAUCUACAUUUUCUUCUUUGCCUCCACCUGGGGUCCUGGAGCCUGGAUUCUGAUUGGUGAAAUCUUCCCGAUCCCCAUCCGUUCUCGCGGUGUCGCUCUGUCUACUGCCUCCAACUGGCUGUGGAACACCAUCAUUUCUGUCAUCACUCCAUACAUGGUCGGUACCGAGCCCAAGGAUGCUAACAUGAAAUCCGCCGUGUUCUUCGUCUGGGGCGGUACUUGCACUGCCUGCUUCUUGUACUCCUACUUCUUAGUACCCGAGACCAAGGGUCUGUCUCUUGAACAGGUUGACAAGAUGAUGGAAGAGACUACUCCUCGUACUUCUGCCAAGUGGCGCCCAACCACCACUUUCGCCACCGAAAAGGGAUUGGUCACUGCUGAGCAUGAUGAGGUCAAGCAGGUCUAAACUUGCUUUACUAGUCGGACUUGCGGACUGCGAGCCGCGAAAUUUGUUUCUUUGAUAACAUAGUUUGACAAUAUACUACUUGCGUAUGGUGUUGAGAUACAGACACUAAUCCAUAUACCCUUCUGGAUGGUGUGGUCAUGUAUGGCCGGGAUGUUUGCUUACAAGUUGCUUAAUGUCGUGACGGUAUAUGUAAAAUUAAUACAAGCUGACUAAUUAUACGUCAUGAUCCAGUCCCCCGACCUGGUAAAGAUCCUUUUCCAGUAACAGAAACUAAUAACUAAUAAAUCCUACC